CUUCAUUUCUACAAUGUCUUUGGUAUGUGGAAUUCCUUUGCAGGUAAAAUCAAGAGAAAAUCCUGGGUAGACAAAAGCAUGCAAAAUAUGAAUCGGGUGGACUUAAAAAGGCAUCUGAUGGCAAAGGGACAAUCAUGUGGGAAACACUAAUACAAAGCCCAGGGUUUGGUUAGAAACAGGACAUACAAUUUUUCAACUUCAACUGCAAGACCAAAUGAACCUGUGUCAACAAGGCUACACUCAAGCUAAGUAUGGACUCACUGGUAACACCUGGAGCACAGAACCAUUGGAGGGACCAGCAACUUUGGCAGGGCUAAGCACCAGACAAGUCAUUCAGAAUUUUCUACAACCACAUUUUUGAGAGAGACAAUGGUUGCUCAUGAAAGGACUUUGGUUCAUCAAAAGGAGACUACAAAAUAUGGGAUGGGUGACAAAGAGCACCCACCAGAGUUCCCAGCAACAAUUGAUGAGGAUAACAAUAGUAGCCUCAAUGAUGGCUGAAAGGACAACAUGGAUGAAACACUAAAUGAAAUGGAAACAAAAAACAGGACAACAUCAGACUUCCCAGCAACAUCAAGAAUGAAGGUCAAGAUUGUAUUACAUGUUUACUCAAACAAGUUCAGUCCUGGGGACUCACAACUGAGCCCCUUGUACUGUACUUGUUCCAUUUUAGUAGUAACUACUACAGUAGUAGUCAAAACCCAAAUCUGCUUUUCUCCACUCCUUUAGUAUGAAAUCUAAUACUAGUAAAUCAAAUCAGUAAUUCAAAAAAUUAGACAAUCAUAUCGCUUGAUUCUUACCAAAUAUUGGUAUUAUCCCUUACUCUAUAUGGGCUUUUUGAACAGCUGUGCCACAGAUAUCAGCAUACUGUACCAUACCAGCACUGGAUUCUGUUUGAUGCAAGAAUGUACAGUAACUCUUGUUAUUGCAGAUGCUAUGGUACAGUUGUGGGUAUAGUUGUAAGAGCUAACCACAGUUGUUCCUACCUGCUCUUAGCCUGAGCUAUUGUAGCCUUGUCUUUCCUUCUUCCGUUAUUGCUCUUUGACUGGUGCCACCAGACAUUCUGGUGGGCCUCUUUAGAAGUACUAUGGCACAUUAUGUUUGUACCUUAGUAGUAGUCUACUAUUGUAUGGAUCUAAGUGGUCAGUUAUUACAACUACUACAUGAGUGUUUGCUGAAAUUGGGAUUUGACUACUAAUGUGAUUAGAUCUACAUGUAAAAUGUGUAAUAGUCUGGGGUUAAAGGAGGGUUGGCGUAUUCUGUUGACCUAGUAGUAGUAGUAGUACUAGUAGUAGUAGUACUACUACUACUACUACUACUACUACUAGUAGUAGUAGUAGUACUAGUAGUAUUACUACUAGCUACUACUAGUAGUACUACGUCACAGUACUACUACUACUACUGUUUUCCAACGGGUUUGUCUGCUGUGUAAAAGAGCAGGGAAGGGAGUGGAUCUUUCCUCUUUCACAUCAUGUCUCAUCCUACCAUGGCAGUCCUUCACCACAAUACUGUCAAGAAUGAGGCCAAGGCUCAUUGAGGUGCAGAAUAUGCAGGUGUCGCAAUUUCCGAGGAUGCUGUUUUGUCUGGUUAGCGUUUUCCGUCUGUCCGUCAUUUCCAAUACUAAGAAAACAUCAUUCACAAAAAUCGAUCACAACUGAACGCCCAACGAUCAACAGUGCAAAUCACAUCAUUAAUGUUAACGUCAAAUAUUUCACCGAACGUAGUCAACGUCAUGGGAAAGCCAUCUUCCUCCAAUAAGGCUCAACUGCAGCAAUGGUGCGAAGACAACCUUCACAAUUUGCUGGGAUUUGCAGACUCUGCGUUGGCUUCGUACCUUGUGCACAUCGCUUCCAAGGCCAAGUCGGCGAGCGAAAUCGAACGCGUUUUGCGAGAAGGUGACGUAAAGGCGAAAACAGAGGAGGCCCAGCAAUCCUUUUGCAGGGGUCUCUACCAAAAAUUUCGAGGGAGCAGCGGUGGAAGCGGUGGUGGUGGUGGUUCCAAGUCGUCUUCUUCCAUGACCAAUGCUCAAUGGGUCGACAAAGCAAAAGAUUAUUCCUUAUUGGAAGACGACGACAACACCGAGAUAGACGACAAUGGCGGGCGGCAACGAGAAGAACGAAAGAAUAAGAAGAAGUUGUCCUCCAGUACCAUGGCUUUAACUCGAGAAUCGAAACGGGAUCGACUAAAGGAAAAAAAGAAGAGGUACCGGUUGUAUGACAAAGACGACGAAGAUGACUCGAGUCUAGAAAACUACGACAUUAAACGAUCGCGCGGUGCUGUUCGGGAACAAUCCAUUGAAGAUCGUCGGCGAAAAAGGCGACGGGAGAAGGAAAAACAAGAGAGUGAAAUCAAUGAGAAGGGUUCGGAAGUUGGCACCGAAACUGAUGCCCUGAACCCAGAGGAACGGGCCAAGCUAGAGCGAGAAAAGGACAAACGGGAACGAGACGAAUUUGUCCAGCGAAUGCUGGAUCGGGACCAACAAAAAACAAAACAAAAGAUGGUCAAACAGGAAGCCGAUGACGAAAGCAAAGAGGCGCUGAGAGCGCGAAUCGAAAUAGAAGAUCGAUUGGCUCGGGGGGAGACCGUAGUGGCAGAUGACGGGGAGGAAAUGACUCUCGAUCGACUGCGGACGGAGAGUCGAAGAGUCUAUCUAAAGAAACGGCAAGAGCGAGAGGUCACAUUGUUGAAGCAGUCGCUAGAGGACGAAGAAGAACUUUUUCGGAACCAAAAACUAUCGAAGGCGGAAAAGACACGAAUCGAAGUGUCGAGACAAAUUAUCAAAAUGGUCGAAAAGAACGAAAAUCAAGACGAAGACCAUCAGGACGACGGAUUUUACCGUUUGCCCGAUGAAUACGACGAAAAGGAUACCAAAGAAUCUCAAGACCAAGCGCGUUUAAGCUCGCGAUACACUGAAGAUAAGAGAGACAAAUCGGAACAGGAACUAUGGGAAGAGUCCCAAACAAGAAAGGCGGAAAUCACACACAAGAAGAAGCGAUCACAGGGAAAAGAAAAAGAAUAUGAACUUGUCUUCGAGGAUCAGAUUGAUUUCGUAAUGCAAGAGACCACCAAAGGUUACGAUAAGCGAGGGAAAAGAAAUCGAGCUAAGGGAAAAGAAAAGGUCAAACAGGAGGUCAGCAGUGAAGGAGAUUCCGAAGAAUCUCUCGAGAUCAAACCUAUUACUGAGCACGAGAAAAUUUUGGCGGGGAGAAAGAAACUCCCUGUCUUCCCGUAUAGGGAAGAAUUUUUAGCGGCUGUAAAGGAUCACCAGAUUCUUGUGCUKGUGGGAGAAACGGGAUCGGGGAAAACAACGCAGAUUCCCCAGUACCUUCACGAAAUUGGAUAUUCCGAAUUGGGAAAGAUUGGAUGUACUCAACCACGACGGGUUGCUGCCAUGAGUGUGGCUGCUCGAGUAUCGCAAGAAAUGAACGUGAAGCUGGGAAAGGAAGUUGGUUACUCCAUUCGGUUCGAAAAUUGCACCAGCGAAGCUACCAAAAUUCAGUACAUGACGGAUGGAAUGCUGCUGCGAGAAAUUCUGACAGAGCCAGACCUAGCAAGUUACUCGUGUAUGAUAAUUGACGAGGCUCACGAACGGACCUUGCACAGCGACAUUCUCUUUGGACUCGUGAAAGAUAUCGUUCGCUUCCGGACCGACUUGAAAUUGAUCAUUUCUAGUGCGACCAUGGAUGCAGAAAAAUUUUCGAAGUAUUUCGACGAUGCUAGUAUUUUUAUGAUUCCAGGGAGAAUGUUUCCGGUGGAUAUUUUUUACACGAAAUCGCCGGAAGCAGAUUAUGUCGACGCUGCGGUUGUGACGGUAUUGCAAAUCCAUGUCUCCCAGCCUCUCGGGGGUGACAUUCUUGUCUUUCUGACGGGUCAGGAAGAAAUCGAAACAGCAGCCGAAAUUCUAACGCAACGAACAAAAAAUCUAGGCUCUCGAAUCAAUGAGCUCAUGAUAUGUCCGGUUUACGCAAAUCUACCUUCUGAACAACAAGCCAAGAUAUUCGAAAAAACACCAAAGCGAGCUCGGAAGGUGGUCCUAGCUACAAACAUUGCCGAAACUUCCCUCACAAUCGAUGGCAUAUGCUAUGUCAUCGAUACUGGUUUCAACAAGCAGAAAUCGUUCAAUGCCCGGUCCGGCAUGGAAUCCCUCGUCGUCACGCCCGUCUCCCAAGCCGCGGCAAAUCAACGUGCCGGGCGGGCGGGAAGAACACAACCUGGAAAAUGCUUUCGAUUGUUCACAGCUUGGUCGUUUCAGCACGAACUCGAGCCCAAUACGGUGCCGGAAAUCUUGAGGACCAACCUAGGCAACGUAGUGCUCAUGCUGAAAAGUCUUGGAAUCAACGAUUUGAUACACUUCGAUUUUAUGGACAAACGUAAGUUGCAUACAUCUGCUGCAAUGCUUUGUUGCAUUGAUAUUCUAUCGUUGCAUGCUAAGUGUUCCUCUUUGUUGCAUUCUUUUUUCUGACGUAUUGUGCUUUGGCUCGUUUCAAUCUCCUCAUGACAUUGUCCCUUUCACCGUAUCACUUGUUUAGCUCCUGCCGAUGCUCUGAUCCGAGCGCUGGAACAGCUGUAUGCUUUGGGAGCCUUGAACGAUUUAGGCGAGCUGACAAAGCUCGGGAGGCGAAUGGCAGAAUUCCCACUGGAACCAAUGCUGAGCAAGGCGGUGAUCUGCUCCGAAGAGUACAAGUGUGUCUCCGAGGUAUUGUCCACGGUGGCGAUGCUUUCCCUAGGAGCCUCGGUCUUUUAUCGCCCCAAGGAGAAGAAAAUCAUGGCCGACACGGCGCGAAUGAAUUUUGCCAGGGGCGGUGGCGGCGACCACGCUACAUUGUUGCGUUGCUACAGAGAUUGGGCCUCUACGGAUUACAGCGACGGUUGGUGCUUCGAAAACUUUGUUCAGGUGCGAAGCAUACGCCGGGCCCGUGACAUUCGGGAGCAGUUGGAAGGUCUCUGCGAGCGGGUCGAGAUCGAUCAGAGCAUCUCGAAGCCCGACGAUAACGAUGCAUUGCUGAAGGCUAUAACCUCGGGGUUCUUCUACAACGUAGCAAAGCUGGGGAGGACGGGAGAGUACCAGACCGUCAAGCAACAACGAACGGUAUAUAUCCAUCCCAGUAGCGUUCUUGCCAAGGAAGAACAGCCGCCAUCGUGGCUAGUGUAUUUUGAGCUGGCAUUCACUACCAAAGAAUUCAUGAGGCAGGUGGCCCCGAUCGAUCCAUCGUGGCUGAUAGAAAUCGCUCCGCAUUACUAUCAGCAAAGCGAUGUCGAGGACUCAAAGAAAAAGAAACUGCCGAAAUCGAGGAGGCGUUAAUCCUUAGUUUUUUGCAUCCCGCC